AUGAGAAGGCAGCUCCGGUCCAGAAGGGCUCCGGCCUUUCCUUACGGUUAUCGCUACAGACUUGAUGAUCAGGAUGAAGUGAACCAGAACUACUUAGCAGAUGAAGAGGAAGAAGCAGAAGAAGAGGCUCGGGUGAUGGUGGUACCUGAUUUGGAGGAGGAGGAGGAGGAAGAAGAGGAGGAGAAAGAAGAAGAGGAAAAGGAGGAGGAAGAGAGUCAGGCUCAGGAAACAGGCAGUGCCUGGUGGCGGAAAUGGCAGAUCGUGAACGAAUACCUGUGGGAUCCGGAGAAAAGGAUGUCUCUGGCCCGAACAGGUCAGAGUUGGAGCCUGAUCUUAGUCAUUUACUUCUUCUUCUAUGCUUCCCUGGCCGCUGUGAUCACCCUCUGCAUGUACACGCUAUUUCUGACCAUCAGUCCUUACAUGCCGACCUUCACUGAGAGGGUGAAGCCUCCUGGAGUUAUGAUCAGACCCUUCGCCCAUAGCCUUAACUUCAACUUCAACGUUUCUGAACCUGACACUUGGCAGCAUUAUGUGAUUAGUCUAAAUGGCUUUCUCCAGGGUUAUAAUGACAGUCUUCAAGAGGAAAUGAAUGUAGAUUGCCCCCCAGGCCAAUACUUCAUCCAAGAUGGUGAUGAGGAUGAGGACAAGAAGGCCUGCCAAUUUAAGCGCUCCUUCCUGAAGAACUGCUCUGGCCUGGAGGACCCUACUUUUGGCUACUCUACUGGACAGCCCUGCAUCCUUCUCAAGAUGAACCGGAUUGUUGGCUUUCGCCCUGAGCCUGGAGACCCUGUGAAGGUUUCCUGCAAAGUUCAGAAAGGUGAUGAAAACGACAUCCGAUCCAUCAAUUACUACCCAGAGUCGGCUUCUUUUGACCUCCGUUACUACCCUUACUAUGGCAAACUGACUCACGUUAACUACACCUCCCCGCUGGUGGCAAUGCACUUUACAGAUGUAGUGAAGAACCAAGCGGUGCCUGUGCAGUGCCAACUGAAGGGCAAAGGCAUCAUAAAUGAUGUCAUCAAUGAUCGUUUUGUGGGUAGGGUAAUCUUUACUCUGAACAUAGAAACCUAA